AUGGCGCGCCGCUGGGCUAGGAAACUCGAGCGCUACUGCUGCACAUGCGUCACCUACUUUCCCCUCGCCUUCGUUUACGGUAUAGGAACUUGGGCCGUCUAUGUCGAUGUCUCGCUUAGUACGACCCCAUCUCGCGUCACUUGGCUAGGUCAUUCCUAUGCCUUCAUCGCCGUCGUUCUCUACCUCCUCGCCGUGUGGUCCUACACAUACGCCGUCUUCACUUCGCCCGGGAGCACCACCAACGAGCAUGGCUACAGUACCCUCCCUACAUAUGCGCCCCCUACUGCCACCUCCUUCACCGUCAAGUCCAAUGGCGAAUUCCGAUUUUGCAAAAAGUGCCAGGCACGAAAGCCCGACCGCGCUCAUCACUGCUCGACAUGCCAACGCUGCGUCCUGAAAAUGGACCACCACUGUCCAUGGCUUGCAACAUGUGUUGGCCUGCGCAACCACAAGGCCUUUUUGCUGUUCCUCAUCUAUACUUCAGUUUUCUGCUGGGUCAGCUUUGCCGGUUCGGCAUCGUGGGUGUGGGAGGAGAUUAUGAGCAACACCACCUACGUCGAAACCCUCAUGCCAGUCAACUAUAUCAUGCUUUCCGUCAUCUCCGGAAUUAUCGGUAUCGUCCUGACCGCUUUUACCGGAUGGCAUAUAUACCUGGCUUGCCGUGGACAGACCACCAUUGAAUGCCUAGAGAAAACGCGCUAUCUCUCUCCGCUGCGCGAAUCGAUGCAAAGGACCUACGUCAACCAGCAUACGCCCGGCCAAGGUAUUGCGCUGCCCAAAUAUGGUCAGCAACUACUGGACAUCCACCAAAACGCCAUCCCGGGAGUCACACGACCAGAGGAAGGUGAAGAGCUGCGACGGAUGACAACUCCUUCGGGCUCAUCACUACACAACGAUAUUACCGCCCAGCACAAUCCCGAACUCCAGGCCGGCUCCCGCCGCUUCACGUACGACGAGAUGGAGCGCAUACGCGCCCGUAAACGCUACGAAGAAUACUUGGAUGAGCAGGACUCGACCAAGUUGCCGCAUGCUUUCGAUCUCGGGUGGCGGCGCAACCUGCUGCAUCUCUUUGGUACCAACGCCUGGCUAUGGCCCUUCCCUGUAUGCACCACCCUCGGUGACGGUUGGAGCUGGGAGCCGAACUCGAAGUGGCUUGAGGCCCGCGACCGCAUCGCUCGGGAGCGCGAAGAGCAACGGCAGCGGGAGCGACAAGCCGGAUGGGGCCCAGCAGACGACGAUGAUAUCACCCCCGUAUAUACACCUACAUGGACGCCGCCGCCCAAUCAACAACCACAACAAGAAGGUGGUGCGGGCCGUCACUACCUGCAGCCUUCUCAGCAACAGACACAGACGCAGCGCAGCCCGGCAUUCACCCCUUCGCGACGCACACCAAGCAAAGCCGACCGAAUUCUGGGCCGCGAUCCCAACAUGUACGCCGAUGAGGAGCCAGUAAUAUACGGCAAGCACGACGUCGCUAUGAGCAGACUGAGUCCAGCUGGACGUACUCUGGUUGUAGAAGAGGACGAGGACGACGACGACGACGACGACGAUGACUACUUCCAAGAUGCCGGCCGAAAGCAGGAGGAGGCGGAGCAAAAUGCCCUGAACGUAGUAACAAACGGGCGGUGGGGUCGCUCCGCCGGCGCCGGCGGAGUGGGAUUGCUUGCGCAUGGAGCGAGGAGUCCCAUAAGUGGAGCGAGGAGUCCCAUUCCACUUAGUCCUAUAAGUCCUCGUGCUGGGGAAUUUGGUGGGAACGCGAGGAAUGGGGAGAGGAGGUCGAAUGAUGAUGGCGUGGAUUGA